AUGCAACAGGGCGCCACACUCGUGCCUCUGCCAAUGUCGCUCUUCGCUUCUGCAACGGAGGAGUCCCUACUACUAGCGCAGUUGCGUCGCGACUGCGCAGAUAAGCGGUCGCUUCCUGCAGAGGUCACCAUGUAUACCCGUAAUGAUCUGGUAGCACUGGCAUGCAAACUGCUGGGCGACGACGCAAAACAGCUUUUUCUUGACUAUGCGAGCCAGCUUGACGAGCACAUGGAGGACAGUGACCAUGCAAGGCUCCCUCUGCCAAUCUGGCAAGAUGGAGUCCCUCGACCAUCCGAGGCCUUCGCACGAGAUGCCUUGGAGGAGAACUCCGGGGCAUUGUGGCCGGCUGUUCGCAUGGCCGUAAGAGGGCUGGAGUUUGAGUACGACACCAGAAGCGCUGCGCAAGGCUACACGUUCCGCCUUGGAUUGUUUUCCAAAGGCGGGCUGGUUGGAAUGGCGAAGGCUACUUCGGCUCAUCUCAAUGUGUGUAGACUCGUCAAUACGAUGAUCGCUGAGCUAGCAGGCCCUCACUUUGCGCAUACAAGCCUGGCCAUUAAUGUCAAUGACUGCGUGGCACCUCAUCGUGACCUGUGUAAUGCAGCUCAGUGCGGCCUCCUCGUCGGACUCUCACAUCACCAAGGAGGCCACUUUUGGUAUGAGUCGGAGUCUGGGAGCCACUACCUGGAGACCAAAGUGGGCUUUCUGCGGGGAACGUUGGUGGAGACGGCUAGUCGUGCAUUCUUGUUCCCGAGCCGCUCGAUCACACAUGCUGCGUUGAAGGCCACCAGCGGGGAUCGCUUCGUGAUCGUGGCGUACACGACUGCUAACUUUGCCAAGGCCACGCCAGCACACGCGGAGCUCUUGCGAACAGCAGGCUUUCAUCUGCCGAUGAGCGCACCCGUCACAUGGCUCUUGCGGGUGAACAGAGCAGGCGUGGGCGCAGAGGCAGGCUCUGCUCGUGCGGUCGCUGGUUUCGCAAUACACGGCACAGACAGUGCUGUAGCCUCUGUUCGAUGGGCAGUCACACGGGACGAUGACGGGCCCACAGGAACCAGUGCGGAAGGACCAGCUCAGACGACUGCAACUGACACCAUGUCGAGGGCGGCUACGUCAGCUGUGGAGGCAAUAAGUGGUUCGCUGCAGCCUUCUUUCGACUCGUUGACUAUAGAGGUGCACGCUAGCAGCUCUGAUGAAGAUGAAAUGGCGGUGGCUAUGCAGCCUGCAAUGAGCAGUACUGACAUUCCACACGUGCACCAGCCGCAAACUGGGACUGCUUCGUUGGGCUCUGGAUCACCAUUUUUCCCAGAGGGAAUGGGCGGCGACACCAAUGAUGCCGCACUCUCCUACUACCAGGCGUUUCAGAGCUAUCGCGGAGCCGAGUCGCAGGCUUCCACCCAUGAAGUGGAUCUGGAUGGAAUGGACUAG